CAAACAGCCGCUCAUGGCGAGGCUGAGAGGAGUCGGGAGAGUGAUCUUCGGGGACCGGCCUCACCCACGGGUUUUUCUUCAUUUUCAGUGAAAUCCUCCUGGCUGGAGACACAGAUGGCCUCAAAUGAGAGAGAUGCUAUAUCGUGGUACCAAAAGAAGAUUGGAGCGUAUGACCAGCAGAUAUGGGAAAAGUCCAUCGAACAGACUCAGAUUAAGGGUUUCAAAAACAAACCAAAAAAGAUGGGUCACAUAAAACCAGACUUGAUCGAUGUUGAUUUAAUCAGAGGCUCCACUUUUGCCAAAGCCAAACCUGAGAUUCCAUGGACCUCUUUGACUCGGAAGGGGCUUGUUCGAGUUGUAUUUUUCCCAUUGUUCAGCAACUGGUGGAUUCAGGUUACCUCUGUAAGAAUUUUUGUUUGGCUGCUACUGCUUUACCUCAUGCAAGUUAUCGCGAUUGUGUUGUAUUUAAUGAUGCCUAUUGUGAAUGUAAGUGAAGUGCUUGGACCCUUGUGCCUUAUGUUACUCAUGGGAACUGUCCACUGUCAAAUUGUGUCUACUCAGAUAGCAAGGCCAUCAUCAAACAACGGAAAUCGGAGAAGAAGAAAAUUACGAAAAACUAUAAACGGUGAUGGAAACCGAGAAAAUGGAAACAAUAACUCCUCUGAAAAAAUCAGAGGACUAGAAACUGUGGAAUGUGCACCUGUUAUUGGUGGGUUUUGGCGGUCUCUCUUUGGCAGUAGGAUUAGAAGAGUAAGAUUAAUAUCUAAUAAAGGAACUGAAACUGACAAUGACUCGAGUUGUCUCUGUCCCAUGAUUAAGAAGAGACAGUGUCGAACAGAGCUUAGAAUGUGGCAAACCAGAGAGAAAGCAAAGUCUUCAGAUGGAGAAAAGUGCCGUAAGGAGGCUUUCCGGCGUUUGGGUAAUGGCGUUUCAGAUGAUCUGUCCAGUGAGGAAGAUGUGGAAGCACAGACACAGAUGAUCCUGCUGCGUCGGAGCGUGGAAGGGGCCUCCAGUGACAAUGGGUGUGAAGUUAAGAAUAGAAAAUCAAUACUUGCAAAGCACCUCAACUCUCAGGUAAAGAAAACCAGUACACGGUGGUGUCACAUGGUGCGGGAUUCAGAUAGUCUCGCUGAAUCAGAAUUUGAGUCAGCAGCCUUCAGCCAGGGUUCUAGAUCCGGUGUGAAUGGCUGUUCCCGAAGCCUCAACAUGUCACGAAGAGACUCAGAAAGCACCCGCCAUGACUCAGAGACGGAAGACAUGCUGUGGGACGACUUGCUGCACGGCCCAGAGUGCCGCUCCUCUGUCACCAGUGACAGUGAGGGCGUCCACGGGAACACUCUCCACUUAGGGACAAAACGUGACCCGAAAGAGGAUGUUUUUCAGCAGAACCACUUAUUCUGGCUUCAGAAUUCAAGUCCUGCCUCUGACCGAGUCAGUGCAAUAAUCUGGGAAGGGAAUGAGUGUAAAAAGAUGGAUAUGUCUGUGUUGGAGAUAAGUGGCAUCAUCAUGAGCAGGGUUAAUGCAUAUCAACAAGGAGUAGGGUAUCAGAUGCUGGGAAACGUGGUCACCGUCGGGCUGGCAUUUUUUCCUUUUGUGCAUCGGCUUUUUCAUGAGAAGAGCUUUGAUCAACUGAAAUCCAUCUCAGCUGAAGAGGUCUUGACUCUGUUCUGUGGGGCACCGCCUGUUACGCCUGUCAUCAUUUUGUCUAUAAUUAAUUUUUUUGAAAGAUUGUGUCUGACAUGGAUGUUUUUUUUCAUGAUGUGUGUUGCAGAGAGAACAUAUAAACAGAGAUUUUUAUUUGCAAAACUCUUCAGCCAUAUUACUUCUGCCAGGAAAGCUAGGAAAUAUGAAAUACCUCAUUUUAGACUUAAAAAGGUGGAGAACAUUAAAAUAUGGCUGUCACUGCGUUCUUACCUCAAGAGACGGGGUCCCCAGCGUUCAGUUGAUGUGGUCGUGUCCUCCGUCUUCCUGCUGACCCUUUCCAUUGCUUUUAUCUGUUGUGCCCAGGUUCUCCAGGGACAUAAAACUUUCCUGAAUGAUGCAUAUAACUGGGAGUUGCUCAUCUGGGAAACAGCUUUAUUACUUUUCUUAUUGCGCCUGGCCUCGCUGGGGUCAGAAACCAACAAGAAAUACAGCAAUGUUUCAAUCUUACUCACUGAACAGAUCAAUUUAUAUCUUAAAAUGGAAAAGAAGCCAAAUAAGAAAGAACAGCUCACUCUAGUAAACAAUGUAUUAAAGCUGUCCACCAAGUUGUUGAAAGAGCUGGACACACCAUUCCGACUCUAUGGACUGACCAUGAAUCCUCUCAUCUACAACAUCACGCGGGUGGUCAUUCUCUCCGCCGUCUCCGGGGUCAUCAGUGACCUUCUCGGCUUCAACAUAAGACUAUGGAAAAUUAAAUCAUAAAGCCACUGCAUCAUAUGGCUGGACUGCCUCCCCAGGCUCAUCCCAGUGCUUGCCAUGAAGGAUGCCAGCAAGAGGAACACAGGUGCCGUGCCUCAGCUCUGCCAGGCCAGAGGAAUUGUGGGUUCAGAGGAGCGAGUCCUUCUCCAGCCAGGUGUGCAUGCUGCAACGCCUGCACUGCUGUGGCUUCUGCAGUGGUGUGAACAGUCAGGAGACAAGAGACUGUUGUGAUGGCACAAGAACAGACGUUGAAGUCAGGGACUGUAUUCUGAGCUCUGCAGUGUUCUGACGGUGCAUUUCCUGGAAAUAGUCUUCUGGGUAUCUAGGGCAGAUUGCCCCAAGCAGGAGACAAGCAAAUCCAGUACUUUUCUAUUACAAUCUGUGGAGUCGUUGAGUUUGUUACUCUAUCAAAGACAGACUGGAUAAGCUAUUUUAGGUUGAACCCCAAAUAAAAGAACUUUACUGAGAAA